GUUUUUUAAAAGGCGGGAACAUGCGUGUAGGCGAUCAAUAGGCGUUUGCAUUACAAACUUUGUAAACAGUAGUAUCAAAACGACGGCAGGUGCCCUUCUCGCUGGUUCGUCGACCCUUCGCAUCGUGCGCUUAGCGCGCUUUUUACUCCCACAGAGCAGGGAGGAGUUUGCUGAUUAACAUUGCAGGGGUUGUUUUGAAAAAAUGUCGGGAAACGAUGUUAUUAGUGGUUAUUUGGACGUGAAAAUAUCUUCGAGAAGUAGAAGAGGCCUGACACCAUGGAAGGCAUGGCAGAAGCAGUGGUGUGAGAUCAGACGUCUAGACAGCAUUGAGAAUGGGGUUGAAAUGAAGUUAAAGUCCUCGCCAGAAGGUUCAGUUUUAAAUUGCGUUAUUUUGCCGAGAUCUUCAACAAUUUGUAGAACUGAAUCAAGAACAAAACAGUAUGCAUUUGGUGUAUUUACUUUAGGCAGAUAUCAAAAACCAAUAUUAUUUUUGUCUGGGAACUCUGAGAGUGAUUCACAAGAUUGGAUAUCUGAUAUAAGAAGAUUACUCUGCAUUGCAUCUUAUUUACCAGUCGGCGAAUCAAAUUUCCGCGUUUCGCUCAUCGACACAGCUCAUUCGAGGACCGCAGGCCUAUUCGGCUUGUACGGCGUGCUCGGCAUCAACUCCCAAGACAUCACCAUCAGCGACCCGUGCACAGGCGAACCGAAAAUCACGUGGCAAUGGUACCAAUUUCACCAGUUCCACCUGCAAGCGCCCGCGCAACCCAAAGACGACAAGAUGGUGGUGGUGAUGCACACGAGCGGAGAAUUUCCAGCCGGUCCUGGACAGCUCUACUUGUACUGCAAACAGGGCGUCAAACUGCUCAAUCACCUGGUGGGGCGCGGCAAGCGACCCAAACCGAGCCCCGGCCUGAUAUCAACGAAAAGACUGAGCCGCAGCGAGGGGGACCUUUGCGGCGGCGGCGGUGGCGGCAGCCACGGCCCCUGUCCCCCGGAUAGUCCAAUGUGCUUCAGAAGUCAGACGGGCAGCGAUGACUCCGGCGUGAGGGUUUCCAUCGCGUCCGACGACUCUGGAUACGUUUUGAAAGCGAAGACUGCAUCUAGUUUAGUUAGCAUAGGAAUGGCGCUGCUGACCAAAACUCCCGGCGGCAGCGAAAACAAUGACGACUCUGUGCCUGAUUUGACCAACAUUGAUGAGCAAUACUUAAAAUGUUCUUUACCAAGACGAGAAUCAGGAGUAUCUUUGGCAUCCGGUAUCUAUGAAGAAAUUCCCGAUGACUAUGUAACAAAAUCAAAGAAAAAAGAAAGUCACAUCUAUGAAAAUCCCUUGGAAAUGAUUUUGGACGGAAAAACAGGAAAGCAAUUCAAACCGCCACCUUUACCUCCCCGACGAAACGAACUAUCACCUGAUUGUAAUGAAGACAUGUUGCCAUGUGAUCUCCUCCUCAACUCGCCCAUAACUUUCAAGCAGCGUUGCAACACGUUGCCGGCCAAAGAUUUGGCGAGGAUGUCGCAGAUUUUCACCGCAGAAUCGGACUACGUGAUAAUGAGCCCGAGCAAAACGCUGGAAAAACCGAGAAAACCCUCGAUAUCCGAGAGUCUGUACAUGCCAAUGUCUCCAGUCAUCCAACUGAAGAACAAAAUCGUCGAAAGUUACUACAUGAGUAUGACUGGAGGAAAGAAAAAUUAACUAUGGUAUAUAUAAAGCUUGAAUGCUGUUGUUAUGUUAUGUUUUACGUCAGGCAGGUUUGCUUAACAAGAUAUUGUACUGUUAAAUGUAAAAAAAGUUUAAAUGAAACAAUACAUACAUAAAUUAUAUUUUACCAGUUUUUUAGUAUUGAGUUCAGAAACUUUUUUACACGUUUAACAGUAUAAUAAUAUUUAUUUUUCCGCACAAAUUAUAUGCAUUUAAGUUUUAUCAAUAACAAAAAACUUACAUAUCUUUUGUAACAAAAAUAUAUCAAUAAAGUACCAUGCUCAAAUUGCCCAAAGAUGAAGAUAGAAAGUACAAAAUACAAUUUAUUUCGAAGCUUUUGCUCAAGUUUAGAUCUCUUAGCUUUUGUACAGUAUCCUGGCAAAGUAAACCAAAAAGCAAUUUUAAAAGAUUGAAUUUAGAACCAAAUUUUUUACGCUAAUUAUUUUUUUUAGUUUGGUAAAUAUUGUAUAGAAUGUUGACUCUAAAACGCCUUUGCUUCUUGCCUUUUCAUUGUUAAGUGUUGUUGUUAUUUAAAUUGUUUGCUAGUUUUAAGUAAAGUCACCUCUAGGAAAAUUUUGGAUCAAUCAAUAAUGGAUUUUUUCUGCAAAUCUGUGAUAAUGGUUAAUUAAAUUUGAAAAAACUAUUAUGAGAAAUUAUAAUUUAUGGCCUAAAGAAAUGUUGCAUCUGGCUUAAUAAAAAUUGAUUGUAUCUGUGUGACUAAAAAAAUUGCUAUAAGAUUUUAUAUAUUUUCCUUUUAAUGUUAUUUUAUAUUUACCAUUUUUAAUAUUAA